AUGGCUGGCAGCGAGAGGCAUGGGCUUGUUCCCAGCCAGCAUGGAAAGACUGGACUGAAGACGUUUAGUGUCCCUACUCGGGACAGACUAGACUCCUGGCGGGCGACGGUCGUGAAUCAGCUGGGUUUUCGUCUCUUUCGAUUGCUCGCGCCGGCCAGCGAGAAUGUUCUGAUUUCCCCACUCUCCAUUUCUGGCUGCCUCUCCAUGGUAGCAGCCGGCUCAACCGAGGGAUCCGGGACUGAGAAGGAGCUAAUGUCCUUAUUGACCAUGUUGGUGCCGAACCUGGCCGCUGACAGCCCCGUGAAGAUGGCGAACUCUGCUUGGGUCCGCGGACAAAUCCGCAAAGAAUACGUGGACUCCGUGAAGGCAGACUUUGGGGCGGAGGCUCGGGAGCUGAUGAGCACGGACCCAAAGCCCAUCAACGACUGGGUCAAUGAGAAGACAGAGGGGCGCAUCCCGACGCUCUUCGACAACAAGCUGGAUGACCUCACUGUCCUGGUCCUGGUGAACACAGUGUUCUUCAAGGGCUCAUGGGCGAAAAGCUUCGACGUGGCGCAGACCCGGAACUCAGAGUUCAAAGGCUUCUCAUCACAGCUCCAAUGCGACAUGAUGCACAAGAAGGAGAAGGAGAUGCUGUAUACGGAGAAUGAUCAAUUCCAAGCUGUACGUUUGCCAUACAACGAUGAUCAGACAUGGGCCACGAUCAUUCUGCCACGCGAAGAGGGUGUGGGAGCGCUGUCCGAGGUGACUUGGGCUUUUGUCAGUGUGCUUUGUUGUGCCAGACACUGCCGUUUUUGA